AUGGGGCGGCCAGAGAUGGCUGUCUUAGGCUUCGCCUGCUGCUUGGCAGGAGUGAGCGCAGCAAAGCUGGGCGUGGUGCACACGGAAGGGGGCUUCGUGGAGGGCGUCAACAGGAAGCUCGGCCUCUUGGGCAUCGGCGGCCGCUCGGUGGACAUCUUCAAGGGCAUCCCCUUCGCCGCCCCGCCCCAGGCCCUGGAGAACCCCCAGCGGCACCCCGGCUGGCAAGGGACCCUGAAGGCCAAGGAUUUCAAGCCACGAUGCCUGCAAAUCACUGACAACCAGGACGACACCAAGGGCUCUGAGGACUGCCUCUACCUGAACAUCUGGGUCCCUCAGGGCCAGAAGGAAGUUUCCAGAAACCUGCCUGUAAUGAUCUGGAUUUACGGAGGAGGCUUCCUGAUGGGGUCCACCCAAGAGCUAAACUUCUUCAACAACUACGAGUUUGAAGGGGAGGAGAUCACCACUCUGGGCAACGUGAUCUUGGUCACCUUCAACUACCGCCUCGGGCCGCUGGGCUUCCUCAGCACUGGGGACGCACACCUGCCAGGUAACUUCGGCCUCCGGGACCAGCACAUGGCCAUCGCGUGGGUGAAGAGGAACAUUGCGGCCUUCGGGGGGGACCCCAACAACAUCAGCAUAGUUGGGGAGUCAGCUGGAGGUGCCAGCGUCUCUCUGCAGACCCUCUCUCCCUACAACAAGGGCCUCAUCCAGCGAGCCAUCAGCCAGAGCAGCGUGGCGCUGUCCCCCUGGGCCAUCCAGAAGGACCCUCUGUCCUGGGCCAAGAGGAUCGCCAAGAAGGUGGGCUGCCCCCUGGAUGAUACCACCAAGUUGGCCAAGUGUCUGAAGGUCACCAACCCCCGGGCGCUGACGCUGGCCUAUAAGAUACCCCUGGUGGGCAAGCAGUACCCCAUAGUGAACUACCUGGGUCUCGUGCCUGUGGUGGACGGAGACUUCAUCCCCGAUGAUCCCAUCAACCUUUACGCCAACGCUGCCGACAUCGACUACAUGGCUGGCACCAACAACAUGGAUAGCUACCAGUUUGCCAGCAUUGACCUGCCGGCCAUCACCGUGGACGAGCUGACCAUCACGGGGGAGGACUUCUACAAGCUGGUCAGAGGGCUCACCUUCGCCAAGGGGCCCAGAGGUGCCAACGCCACCUUUGACUUCUACACGGCGCCCUGGGCCCAGGACUCCUCCCAGGAGGCCAAGAAGAAGACGGUGGUGGACUUAGAGACCGACUUUUUCAUCCUGAUGCCCACGAAGAUGGCCGUGGCCCAGCAUAGAUCCAACGCCAAGAGUGCCCGGACCUACACCUACCUGUUCUCCCACCCCUCUCGCAAUCCAUUCUACCCCAGCUGGGUGGGCGCCGACCAUACUGAUGAGCUCCCAUAUGUGUAUGGGAAGCCUUUCGCCAACCCCCUGGGCUACCGGCCACAAGACAGGACUGUCUCCCAAACCAUGAUCGCCUACUGGACCAACUUUGCCAGGACUGGGGACCCCAACAAGGGGCACUUGGCUGUGCCCACCCAGUGGGAGCCCUACACCCAGGAAAACGGCAACUACCUGGAGAUUAACAAGAAGAUGGACGGCCAGUCCCUGAAGCAGCACCUGAGGAGCAGCUACCUGCAGUACUGGACCCAGACCUACCAGGCCCUGCCCACCGUGAGCAGAAACAGGACCGGACCUCCGCCGCCUUUGGAUGACUCUACGGCCUUUCCUUGA